CAACAGAGGAAGACCUCAUCUCUAUCAAAAAUUAAAAAAAAAAAAUUAGCUCGGUGUGGGGUCUUGACCCUGUAAGUCCCAGCUACUGAGGAGGUCAAGCAAGAGAAUCACCUGAGUCCAAGAGUUCAAGGUUGCAGUGAGCUGUAAUCCCACCACUGCACUCCAGCCUGGCAACAAAGCAAGACCCUAUCUCAAAAAAAACGUACAAAUUGUAAAAUUCCAGACCAGCAGCAGCUGGGAUGGGAAUUUGGUAGAAAUGCAGUUUACCAGGCCUCGCCCCAUACAUACUGAAUCUGAAACACUGGGUGGUGGGGCCUAGCAAUUUUAGCAAGCUUUCUAGGUGAUUCUGAUGCAUGCUAAAGUUUGUGAACCACUAGAAGGUAUACAAACAGAGAAAACUAUGCUGUUAGAAUGAGGGUGAUGUUACCCUUAGGAGAUUAGUGACAGGCCAAGAGCACACAGGAGGCUAACAGCCGUUCCUGGGUGCUGGUAAUAUUCUGUUGCUUGAUCUGGGUGCUGGUUACAUGGAUGUGUUCAGUUUGGGAGAAUUCAUCGAGCCAUACAUUUAUUUAUUUAUUUAUUUACUUAUUUUUUGAGAUGGAGUUUCUCUCUUUUUGCCCAGGCUAGAGUGCAGUGGUGUGAUCUUGGCUCACUGCAACCUCCGCCUCCGGGCUCCAGUGAUUCUCCUGCCUCAUCCUCCUGGGUAGCUGGGAUUACAGGCAUGCACCACCACGCCCAGCUCAUUUUGUAUUUUUAGUAGAGAUAGGGUUUCACCAUGUUGGCCAGGCUGGUCUUAAACUCCUGACCUCAGGUGAUCUGCCCACCUCAGCCUCCCAAAAUGUUGGGAUUACAGGCAUGAGCCACCCUGUUUCCAUGCAUUUAUGAUAUGUACAGUUUUUCUGUGUGUAUGUUAUGCUUCUUUCCCCUUCCUUCCUUCCUUCUUUCCUUCCUUCCUUUCUUUCUCUCCUUCCUUCCUUCCUUCUUCCCUCCCUCCCUUCUUUCUCUCUCUCUCUCUUUCCUUCUUUCUUUCUUUUGACAAAAGUCUUGCUCUGUCACCUAGGCUGGAAUGCAAUGGCUCGAUCUCGGCUCACUGCAACCUCUGCCUCCCGGGUUCAAGCGAUUCUCUUGCCUCAGCCUCCCAAGUAUUUGGGACUACAGAUGCAUGCUACCACACUUGGCUAAUUUUUUGUAUUUUUAGUAGAGACGGGGUUUCACCGUGUUAGCCAGGAUGGUCUCAAUCUCCUGACUUCGUGAUCUGCCCACCUCGGCUUCCCAAAGUGCAGGGAUUACAGGUGUGAGCCACUGCACCUGUCCUUCUGUGUGUAUGUUAUGUUUCAAAACAAAGUUUAAAAAAGGGAACUGCUCUGGUUGAAGCCCUGGGAGGGGAAGGAGAUGGAAGGCAAGGAGCCCAUCCACAGCUCCGCCCUUCUCCUGCAGGCAGCCCUUGAGGGUUCCUUAGAGUAUUAGCUUGAAAUCCUUCAUCUGUCCCAACAGAGCUCUGAGAAGGUCAGUGACUUGCCCAAGGUUCUGCAGAGCCAGCACUAGAACUCAGGUCUCCUGACUCCCAGGCCAGGGCCCUGGAGGCUAGUCCUUUCCUGAAGGGCUGGUGUCACGAGUAAGGACAAGGAGUGGCUAGGCAGCCUCCUCCCGGAUCUCAGCUCCCUUAACGUGAGUCUUGGGAGGAGGGCCAAGACUCUGGUAUGAAUGAUGCUUUUCUCAUCCUGGAGCAACUUCCUUUCUGGGAACUGGGUGUCUCCUUCUGGGCAGACAAUAAAAUUCAUCCAAAGGGCCAGAGGAGCAGGGUUCCUCCAGCUCCCACCCAGAUGGGCAUCACGUGGCUCCCAAGUUAGCAGUCCAGGAAAAUUCCAGCCCUUGCAUACUUGGCCUCACACACCCAUCUGCUCACUCCUCCUGGCACACUCAGCCCCUCAGCCCACCUUGAACAUUGACCACCACACACUCCCUGGCACGCUCUUCUCACCCUCAACUUCUGCCACCUCUCCCUGGGCAAUAUUGCCAGCCUUUCCCUAAUCCCAGAGCUGCAGCCCUGCCCUGUCACUCACCUCAAACCUGCCAUGUCCCUGGGGCUACUGAAAUUCCAGGCAGUGGGUGAAGAGGACGAGGAGGAUGAGGAGGGGGAGAGCCUGGACUCUGUGAAGGCACUGACAGCCAAGCUGCAGCUGCAGACUCGGCGGCCCUCAUAUCUGGAGUGGACAGCCCAGGUCCAGAGCCAGGCCUGGCGCAGGGCCCAAGCCAAACCCGGACCAGGGGGACCUGGGGUCAUCUGUGGUUUCGACUCAAUGGACUCCGCCCUUGAGUGGCUCCGACGGGAGCUGCGGGAGAUGCAGGCGCAGGACCGGCAGCUGGCAGGGCAGCUGCUGCGGCUGCGGGCCCAGCUGCACCGACUGAAGAUGGACCAAGCCUGUCACCUGCACCAGGAGCUGCUGGAUGAGGCCGAGCUGGAGGUGGAGCUGGAGCCCGGGACCGGCCUGGCCCUGGCCCCGCUGCUGCGGCACCUGGGCCUCACGCGCAUGAACAUCAGCGCCCGGCGCUUCACCCUCUGCUGAGGAACACCUGUGCCCCCCUGACUCCCCGCCCCCUCUCCCAAUGCCGCUUCCCCUGCCUGCCUGGGAAGAGGAAAGGGAGGGGUGCCCCAGAGGCACUAGCUCCUGGCGGGGGAGGAGGAACAUUCAGGUUUCUGAGAGCUGAAUUCCAAGAGUGCAAAACCCCAGCAUCCGGUUUCCUCUGCUGCCCCAGCUGGGAGGGGGAGGAGGAGGAGCUCACACCCUCAAACUCCUCAAUAAACGCCCUCUCUGGUUCCCA